AUGCAAGAACCAGAGAUCUUCACCCAGCCCAUCACCUCCAAAGACCGAAUCGACGGCUCCCAAUCCCCCAACGGUCUCGAAUUAGACACCUACCGCGGCACAAUCUACAGCAAUGGCCUCUCCUCCCCCGGUGGAAACGGUCACGGCGGCAGCCGCGGUGGUCCCAACGACGACAAUUCCUCCGAUGAUUACCACGACUUCGUUUACCCAGAAGAACGCAAGCUAGGGACAUGGUCGACCGCUUUCCUAAUCAUCAACCGGGUGGUGGGCGCCGGCAUCUUCAGCACGCCAAGUAGUAUCAUUCUCAGUAUCAACAGCGUGGGGAUGACGUUGCUGUUUUGGGUGCUGGGGGGUAUUAUGACUUUUUGCCUCUUCGUCUACCUAGAAUACGGCACCGCCCUCCCCCGCUCCGGCGGCGAAAAAGUCUACCUCGAGCGCGUCUACCAACGGCCAAGAUACUUGGCAACCUGCAUCUUCGCCGUGCAGUUCGUCUUCUUCGCCAUCUCCACCGCCAACUCGAUUUCCUUCAGCUCCUACCUUCUCCGCGCCGCCAAAGGCAGCAGCGGCAAUGAGGAAUACCUCCGAAGCCAGCAGCUCCAGCCCAACAUCAACGACCCCGAAGACGAGCGCCAAUGGCUCACCCGAGGCAUCGCCGUUGCAGCCAUCACGGUCGUCUGUCUCAUCCACGCUUUUGCCCCGAGAUGGGGUAUCUGGCUCAGCAACGGGUUGGGGGCCUUCAAGUUGGUGUUGCUGAGUCUGUUAGUCUGCACUGGUUUUGCGGCAUUGGCGGGAAAGACGGCCAGUCCGAGGCCGGAGCCGAGUAACUUUUCGAGUUUCAAUGGCCCGGAAAUGGAGACUGCGAAUGCGAGGACGCUGGAUACUGGUCCGCCAAUGGCGCAGACAGCGGCGGGGUAUGCGUUGGGGCUGUUGCAGGUGCUAUACUCGUAUGGAGGGUGGGAGAAUGCAAACUAUGUGUUGACCGAGGUGAGGAAUGCGCCGACCACGUUGAGGAGAGCGGCGCCCAUUGCGAUUAGUAUCGUUACGGUGUUGUAUGUGUUGGCGAAUAUUGCUUAUUUUUCUGCCAUGACGAAAGAUCAGAUGGCCAAUUCGAGAGUGGUAGUCGCUGCUCAGUUUUUCGAGAACGUCUGGGGGAAGAGCGUCUUCGUUCAGAGGGUUUUGCCGUUGUUUAUCGGGUUUUCCUCGCUGGGCAACGUGUUUGCCCAGUCGUUCGCCAUGCCUCGUGUGAAGCAGGAGUUGGCCAAGGAGGGUGUCUUGCCAUGGUCACGGUUCUGGGCGAGUGACUGGCCGUUCAAUGCUCCAUCCGGUGCCAUCUUUCUCCACUGGAUUGUGACAACAGUCUUCAUCCUUGCCUCGCAGACGUCAGACGUGUACACCUUUGUCACCAACGUCUUCGUGUACAGCUCGAACUGGAUCAAGAUCCUUCUUGCUGUUGGGCUGGUGUACCUGAACUUUACGCCCUCGGAGCGUUGGGCGGAGCAGAGGACUACCUUCCGGAGCUCGCCCUUGUUGACGAUUUUCUGGACGGUGUCGUUGCUGUUUGUGCAGGCGGCGACGUUCAUUCCGAACCAGGUGUUCACGACGGAGAGAUUGCCGUACUACGUCGUACCCACGUUGGGUACGAGUCUGUUGGCGAUCGGGACGGCAUACUGGCUGAUUUGGGCAAAGGUGCUGCCCGCGUUUGGAUACCAUAUCCAGCAUGAGAUUGUCCAGAUGCCUGACGGUAGCGAGAGAGUGAAGUACAAGGUGAGUUGCUUGAGGCUGGACUGCUUGAGAAGUGAACAUGAGCUAACAGUUAUUACAGAGAGUCAGACCAAAAAAGAAGAGAAAAAGACAAGGCCAAUGGCAACGUCCGAGGAGGCAGUCGGUGUGGUGAUACAUUGA